CAUAGCUGUUGCCCCCUCGUUUGUGCUUCCGCUCAAAUUUUUAAGAGGAAAUUGUCACAAGUCGGGGACGUCUCCUCGGCCAGAUCUCCUUGGCAUAACCAGAGAGCGAGAGGGUGGCUGUCAGGGGAGUUCUCUGCUUCACUUUUGGAUCUAGCCAGCUGGCAACCAUGAGUGAAUGGACGAAGAAAGGCCCUUUAGAAUGGCAAGAUUACGUUUACAAAGAAGUCAGAGUGGUAGCCAGUGAGAAGAACGAGUAUAAAGGAUGGGUUUUAACUACAGACCCAGUCUCUGCCAAGUUUUUCCUUUGCAUAUUUGCUCUGAACUUACUUUUCUUCCAAAGUAUUGUCCUUGUGAACUUCCUUGAAGAUGGCAGCAUGUCUGUGACUGGAAUUAUGGGACAUGCCGUGCAGACUGUUGAAAUCGUGAGUGAAGGAGACCAGAGAGUGAGAGAGAAGCUGAUGCAUUUGUUCACGUCUGGAGACUGCCAAGCUUACAGCCCUGAGGAUCUGGAGAAGCGGAAGAACAGCCUGAAGAAAUGGCUUGAGAAGAACCACAUCCCCAUCACUGAACAGGGAGAUUCACAAAGCACUCUCUGUGUGGCUGGAGUCCUGACUAUAGAACCACCAUAUGGUCCAGAAAAUUGCAGCAGCUCUAAUGAGAUUAUUCUGUCCCGUGUUCAGGAUCUUAUUCAAGGACAUCUUGCAGCUUCCCAGUGAGAGGCCAAGAACUGUGGACACACUGAUUGAAAUAAACUUCAUUUUUUUCCACUAUGAAAUGCUUUGAAUGUAAAUCCAUUCUAUUACAGGACUUCAAAGGCACAUGAGUGUGUGUUAAUUCUUUGUUAUUUCCCAAAAUCAAAUAAGUGGAUUUUUAAAAAAGAUUUUAUUUAUUUAUUUGAGAGGUAGAAUUACAG